AUGAAAGGGCCCUGCCGGUUCCGCCAUGGCCGCGGCGGGCGGAAGGGGUGGGUCCUGCCCGGGGCCGGGCCCGGCAGCCUCGCCAUGGUGAACCUGGGCAUACGGCGGGUGGAGGAUGAUGUGGCCGCCAAGCACCCGGCACUGCAGCAGUACGCGGCCUGCCAGUCUCACGCCUUCAUGAAGGGCAUCGGCACCUUCCUGGCAGGCAGCGGGGCCGCCUUCGCGGUGCAGAAGAUGGCGCGGCAGAAACUGCCGUACAGCCCGCAGUGGAGCCUGCUGUUGGCUGCGGGGCUCAGGAGGGUUCGCGGCAGCAGAUGCUGUCCCCACCGUGGUGCUGCUGGCACUCCCAGGAGCAUCUCGGCCGCCCCAGCUGCAGGGUCCCUCGGAAGCUACGUGGUAACCAGAGCUGAGACGCAGAAAUGCUCCAACUUCUGGAUUUAUCUGGAGACGGGCAAGUCCCUACAAGAGCUCGCCGUGACUGGUGGGGUGUCUCAGCCCUCAGAAAACCUGACUAGUGCAGAGGACAGGGACGGCGCUGCAACACUGGUGAGGAGGAACAGGUACGGUGAUGUGGUGGAGUAGCCAGCAGAGCAUAGCCUGCUGUCCCCAUGUCCUGCUUCACCCUCUCCUGUCUGCCCAACCUGACGCUGCCCAUCACACUGCCCACCAUGAGGGUGCUGGGCUUGGUGACACUUCUGGAAAGCUCAGAGGAGUUGAUCCUGCAAGAGAGAGAGCGUGGUGGAGGCACCUCAGGGAUUGCUGCCUGACCCACGGCCUCUGCACAUUGCACUGGGGGUACAAUAAAAGUUCAGAGCUGAA